UCAGUCACCCGGCAGCUGACACUGAGGGUGGUUGUGCGCUCCUGUCCUCUACAACCCUCUAGCCUCUCUUGCUUUUAGAUUUCACCUCCCUGCAAUUUCUACUGCCUUGAUUCCGUUCACUUAGGAAUCAGAUUCCAUCCUAAAAGCCGUCCAGAAUAAAAGGGAAAAAAUCCAGCCUGGAAAGCAAAACUUUUUAAAAGUUGAAGCAAUUUUACAUAAGCAACGGUAUGGCGAACCGGCCGAGGACAGCCUCCACCAGGAAUGAGGAGGAUAUGAUGGCUAUCGCCCGUAGGAAGAUCUCCCAGACCACCGACCCUGUGGAGAAGCUGCGACUGCUCUGCCUGAGUCGGGGCGCUGCCGGCAUCAUGGGCAUGGGGAAGGUGUUCCGCAGGAUGGACGACGACGGCUCCCACAGCCUCAACCUGGAGGAGUUCACCAAGGGCAUCAGGGAGACGGGUCUUAAGCUCACCGACGAGGACACCGAAAAGCUUUUCCAGGCUUUUGACAAGGAUGACGAAGGGACUAUAAAUUAUGAGGAAUUCCUUGUAGCUAUAAGGCCCAAAAUGAAUGACAGGAGAAAGAAGCUAGUAGAUAUGGCUUUUGACAAGCUAGACAAGACAGAUGAUGGUGUAGUGACUCUUGACGAUCUGAAGGGAGUAUAUUCUGUUCAGAAGCAUCCCAAGUAUCAGUCUGGAGAGAUGACAGAAGAUCAGAUUCUCAAUACUGUAAUAAAGAAGUUUGAGAAUAAUACGUCUGUUGAUGGCAAGAUAACAAUGGAUGAAUUUUACGACUAUUACGCUGGAGUUAGUGCUUCUAUUGACCAAGAUGCCUAUUUUGACCUUAUGAUGCGUAAUGCAUGGGGUAUCAAAUAAAUUAUGUUUCUAAUCAAUUUAUCCGUGCCCGCACAAUAUAGCAGGAUUGUAGGUUAAGUGGAGCGUGAAUAAUAAUGUUUUAUUUUUGCUUUACAUAAAUAAAGUAUCAUUGCAGUCUGAAAUUCAGAUAUGUAUAAUUAAGUUAUAUCUGUUAUUAAAUAUGAAUAUUUUCUCAUUUAUAAUUUAUUUACGUUGUGUUUUCUGGAUAGUGAUAAUUGUAUACUUCGCUCUGCUAACUCCAUAAAUUGUAUCCCUUCGAAGGAGAAAUAUUUAGUUCUUAAGUUUGCACUAGAAACAACUUCUGUGUUAUUUUUUCAAUUUCUUUUUCAGUGUUUGACAGACAGUUGACACGUUACGAUUUAUUUUUUCUAAGAUCAACUUUAAUUUAUCAGGAUUGAACACUGAUAUUUGCUUUAUUUUGGCCAAACUCUUAUAGAGGAAUGUGUUAUUAUUUAAAGCAUUACAUUACUUUUUUUAUUUAUAAUUUUGUGUUUUCAAAUUUCAAGUUGUUUCUAUAAGGAAUUCCAACAGUGUAAACUAAAAUAAACAAAACAUGCUACACUCUUUGAUGUUCUGUUGUGGAAUUUAAUUUGCUGUAAAAACCAUAUUAGGUGCUAUUUUAUCCUGCCAUAUUAUUUCCUGUUUGAUUGUAUUAUACUUAAAGCAAAAUGCAGACAUAAUACAAUCAGAAUACUCUACACAGUAUUGUAGAGUACUUUAUUAUGUACUUAUUCACAAGUGCUUUAUGCCUGGAUGAUAAAAACAGACAAAAAUGAUCUUAAAACUUUAUGUGCAGUACUUAAAGUAGCCCAUUGUACUGCUUUAUAGUUUUUACUGUAAUAUGUAACAUGAAAUAAAUUGGAGGAAUUAUUUUUUCAACAUUUAGAAAGUGUUGAAAGGAUUUGAUGCUUUCAGUAGUACGAACAUUUUGUAUUUUCACAUAUUGUACAUCUUAAGCUACAAAAUGUUUAUCCUAUUCAACACUAGUCAUUAAUUUAAGCAUUAAAGAGCCAUUACUAUUUUGUUAAGUGACACAUUCCCUGUUGAUUAUUUAAUACUACUGAUAGAAUAAUACCAAUACAGUAUUUUGUGGAACUCGUGCCCAGUUUAUUAUUAAUAAGAAUCAAGCAAGUAACUUUUGCUAGAUUCUUAUAUAUAUAUAUAUGUGAAAAUAUCACCGAUUUUUAAUUUGAAUUUUCUAUAUAUAUUUCUGGCCUAUGUGACUGAUAUAGUAAUAUGUUAUUUAACAUUUAAGUCACCAAGAGGUGUACCCUGCUUCCUGGUGUAUAUACACUCCAGUCCUAGUCUUUGUUCAGGGGUCAAGUAUAAUUGCUGGUUGAUCAGUAAGCUCUUAUGGUGGCCUUAAUAACCUCCUGUGGUUGAUAGGCCAAAAUCAAACCAAUUUAUGCCAUAAAUACUGUUGACGUGUUUUCUCUACUUGCUUCAUUCAGAUUAUAAUUUUUGUUGUUAAUACGGCUACAGUUUGUUAUUGUGAACCUCUAUAUUCUCUUUAUGUGAACCUCUGAAUAUUCAAUAUAAAGACUUCAACAUCAUUGUACUUAUUUGUUAAACAAUUGUUUGAGAAUUAUUACAUCUAAGCUAAUAGCUAUACAGGUAUUAAUGUCAUCAAGGUACUUCAAAUCCAUUUAAUUUCACCAGUGCAACUUUACAUAUAUAUUUUGAACUGAGAAAAAUUAUAACAUGGAAAUGCAGUUCAUAAAUUUUACUAAAACAUCAUCAUUAAUAUAUAGCCAUUGAUGAAUAAAUAAUAAACAUAUUGCAUCUGUGUUCCCAGAAGCAUGUUCUUCAAAUGCCGUUCCAAAAGUCUCCAUCCUUUGCUGUCUGUCCAGACUUUGUUAGCAAUAAACAUUAGCAACAAAA